AUGCACUCAGCCCAGGCUGGUGUGGAUAUACAUCAAAUGCAACACAUGGAUACUGGACCAGAGAUCCAGCAAUGGCAAAACACGGUGCUAGACAGCCACGAUGCGCCCUCGGAAAAGUCGCCCUUGGCCUCUCUUUUUGCAGCCUGCUCCGAACUAUUUACCCUACUGAUCCAGUCUUUAUCGCAAGAAACACCCCGGUCCCGUCUAUGCGAGCUUCAGCGUAGCCAUGAUCGUCUUGUUCUCUGGGCCGAUGCAUACGGCAUCGAGCAAGGAGACUUUGAAGGCAAAUUGAAAUUGUCGCAGCGAAUCGGCGACUUUACCUUGAGAACCCUGAAGAACAAAGCUCUGCUGACAUUGGCAGGACUUCUCCCGCUUGUUGAUCAGCAUGGCGCCAGAGCCGCGAAAAUUUCCCUCAAGGCAGCAGAUCUCUCAAUCAUGGCGGAAAAGCUGUCGGUACUAAUCCAAGGUGAUGACUACAGCGAAUAUUCCAGUAGUGACGAGUCUACAGACAGUGGCACUAAAGACGAUGACGAUACCACGGCCCAUUCAGAGAAGCUGCGCGAGGUCACAAAGGAUCUGACCACGGAUACGGAAUUUCUUCUAGAUCUCGGCGCAAGAUUUGACGAGCAGGUUGUGAACCCACUCGUCAACGAAGAAGCAGUGGACCCUCAAACGGUGGACGGAUGGGAUCCCUCGGAACAUUUUGCUGAAAGAAUCCGUCGCCUUUAUCCUUCAUGCGACAAUGACUUGGCCAAGCGCCUCGGAAAGGCCAAUUGGGAGCGAGUGCUCAAAUUCCAAGAAAGCAAAGAAAGAAACGCCCCAGAGUCAGUAACUCUUGCCACGGCCAUGUCGAUAUUCGUUGACCCGACACACCUACUACACGAACCAAAAGAUACGACUUCGCUAUUCAAUGACUCUGGCCUGGGUACAUCUGUACAAACCAGCAAUCACCAAGCUCGCAGCAGAUAUGCCGCGUCACUGACCACCCAAGGUGGAUGGAACAACAACGUAUUGAGUAUACCCAAACUUUCAACACGGGCAAAAUUGGGCAACGAAUUCAGUUGCAUUGCCUGUGGAGAGCGAUUGAAAAUUCAAGAUGAAGCCAAGUGGAAGUAA